CGUAUGAUCCGACAUGCAAUGGCUGAAAACCCCAGUUUUGACUUAACAGAUUUACUCUAAAUGAAAAGUUUUAUUCUGAACUAUCUGAAUACUCAUAUUAGAACUGAACUGAAUCCAGAUAUUCCGACAACAACGCACAGGUGCUUUCAAAUCCAAAACGCCACCAAUUAGCAACAUGUGGCGUGACUUGUAGCAAUCAGUCAUCCUUAGACAUUUCUCGCAAAUGUGUUUUUUUCUCUUCUGAGGGAGGGGGCGAGGAACGGAGACACGGACACACCUCUGCGCUCCCGCUGCGUUUAAAAGUGACACUAAUGCGCGUCCGCGUCUCUUAACAGCAACAUCACCAGACUGCUUUACAACCUGCAGACAUGGGCAACUGUAUGGAUGGCAUUAGGAACGUCUGCGACCGGCCGAAGAAUACUAACAUCAAAUUGAGUUUACCUGUCGUGUGUUUCGUCUGGCAGUUGUCUAUGAUCAUUCUUUUUGGGGUGUUUGUGCGGUAUAAUGAAGAGUCAGACACUCACUGGGUUGACUACAGAAAGGAAAACAAUAUCACAAGUGAUAUCGAGAAUGACUAUUACUUCAGAUAUCCAAGUUUUCAGGAUGUUCAUGUCAUGAUCUUCGUGGGCUUUGGCUUUCUCAUGACCUUCCUGAAGCGCUAUAGCUUUGGUGCCGUGGGAUUCAACUUCCUGGUUGCGGCUUUCGGCAUCCAGUGGGCUCUUCUGAUGCAAGGCUGGUUCCAUUCUCUGGACUACACAGACGGAAAGAUCAAGAUCGGUAUAGAAAACUUGAUCAAUGCAGAUUUCUGUGUGGCGGGUUGUCUGAUCGCUUACGGGGCUGUUCUGGGGAAGGUCAGUCCUGUUCAGCUGUUGGUGAUGACGCUGUUUGGUGUCACGCUGUUCGCCGUUGAAGAGUACAUCAUCCUGAACGUCCUGCAUGCCAAAGAUGCCGGCGGCUCCAUGGUGAUCCACACUUUUGGAGCUUAUUAUGGUCUGUCCAUUUCAUGGGUUUUGUAUCGGCCUAAUUUGGAUAAGAGCAAACAUUUGAACGGGUCUGUCUACCACUCGGACGUGUUCGCCAUGAUUGGCACCCUCUUCCUGUGGAUGUUCUGGCCAAGUUUUAACUCUGCCAUUGCUGAUCAUGGAGACGGUCAGCACAGAGCUGCCAUCAACACAUAUCUGGCCUUGGCCUCCACCGUUCUCACUACAGUCGCCAUGUCCAGCCUGUUUGAGAAAACAGGGAAACUAGACAUGGUUCACAUCCAGAAUUCCACGCUGGCAGGCGGAGUUGCUGUGGGAACAGCAGCUGAGUUUAUGCUGUCACCAUAUGGUUCUUUGAUUGUGGGCUUCUUCUGUGGCAUCAUAUCUACGCUGGGUUACAUUUAUUUCUCGCCGUUCUUGGAAGAGAAACUGAAGAUUCAGGACACCUGUGGCAUCCAUAACCUGCACGCUAUGCCAGGGGUCAUUGGAGGAAUUGUGGGUGCCAUCUCAGCCGCUGCUGCCACCAACACGGUUUAUGGAGAUCUAGGGUUGGAAAAUACAUUUGACUUUACUGGGCCUUUUGCGAAACGUGUGCCCACUAUUCAGGGAGGAUAUCAGGCAGCUGGACUGUGUGUGGCUUUGUGUUUUGGAAUUGGAGGCGGCAUAUUUGUUGGCCUGGUUCUGAAGCUGCCCAUCUGGGGCGAUCCUGCAGAUGAAAACUGCUUUGAUGAUGAGAUCUACUGGGAGGUUCCUGAGGAUGAAGAAAGUGUUCCUCCCAUCCUGGCCUACAACAACCACAUGAUCCCCAACAAACAUGCAGACAUGAGAGAGACAAACUUCGUGGAGCAGCGUUAACGCAUGGAAUCAGAUCCGCAGUGAUGUGAAUCUGUGUCACUGAGAAAACAUCUGCUUUCCUGCCGCUCUCCCUGAAGAUAACAAUACUCACGACACGCCAAAAUGACAAACAAAGGGACAUUUCUUUUGCUUGCCACGAAGCGCAUAUCACACGUAUUUUGAUGAUACACUGAAUACAUUGAUUUUAUCCAGGCUGAGAUGCGAAUAUUUUUAAUAUCUCCCUUAAUAUAUUUGCAUGUCAGAAUUCAGAUCAGUCAGAAUUAUAAAGUAGAAAAAAGAUCAAUUCAUUUCUUUUUCUUUUAACAAAAAUGAUGAGUCCUGAUUUCCGGUGAAUGUGUUCAGAGAAAAUGUGACCAAAAACCCACAACCUCUAAACAUCCAAGCUGUUGCAUUUUUAAUGGAAUUAAUUUUACAGGUGUUAAUUUAAGCAUUUGUUAUCCAAACAUUAUUUGAUCGAUAUAAUGUAAUUAUUAAAUAGUUUGUCUUAAUUUUGUUGGUGAGAAUCCGCACAUUGUAUCCACAUUUUUAAAAGCUAAAUUCUAUAAUCUUUUAUUUAUAGAUUUUUCCUGAUAAUUUGCAUGUCCAUGUCAAUCAGCAUGCGUGCAGAACAUCUCUAAAUCAAACAUUUGUCAUUUUCUUAAUGCUUUCACAGAUUUGGCCAAAAUGACAGCAACAAUGUGCAAUAUCAGUAUGUUAAUAUUCCUACACUGUUUCCUUUCUCUAAUGUAACAUACACAUUUAACUUGUUUUGUCUUUUGUGUGUUAUCUUUAUUGUAAGAUUGAUUAUUAAACGUUUGACUACUGUCUAAUUCCAGAUUA